AAAAGGGAGAAGUGUCUCUCUCUGUCUGAGAGAGAGAGAGUGCAUUUUAAACAGAUCACAGAUCCAAAGGCAGCACGACCACCAUGCACUUCUUCCACAAAUUCAUUGUUUUGUUAACCUUGCUUGCAAAUGCCAGACUGGAUGACAUAGAUCCCACACCAGUCCCAGUGAAAGCCAAAGCUACAGUGAGUUUGGGAGAGCCACGGCUUUUCUCAGGGGAACCUCUGCAGAUAACUUGCAGUGUCCCAGAUGACCUUUUGUCCAAUUGGAGGUACCAGUGGUUCCGUAAUGGUGUACUUUUGAGCUCUACAAAGGUGUACAGUUUAGAGAAGGCACAAGUCCAGCAAAGUGGAAACUAUAUCUGUCAAGGAGAGAAGAGUAUACCAGAUUGGCCUUAUAUAGUGUCAUCAAUUCCAAGCGACCCUCUUAAAGUAGACGUUGAUGGUGGUUGGGCUCUCCUACGAACCCCACUUGAGCCAUUAAUUAUUGAGGAAACGACGAACCUAACCUGUCGCGUGCGCAAUGGCCUGAUCCCGUCAAACGUGAUCUUCUACAAGGACGAGGUUGAGAUCAAGAAACAAACGGGCAAAAAUCUGGUGUUUCCCAGACUCAUGCUUGAGGAUAAUGGCAGUUACUCAUGCAGGGCCACAUGGUUUAAGAACAGGCAAUUUCAGUCUGCUCAUUCUCUGCCUUCUUCUCUGACUGUAUUAGAUAAAUUGGACCCUCCCAGGUUGGAGUUUUACAGAGGUCAGCGUCUGGUGCUCACUGGGAAGGAAGUGGUCUUCAAAUGCAUCACCAAAGUAAAUGCUAGAGAACAAGGCCUGAAUGUAGAAUAUCACUACACCAAAGAUGACAACAGGCUAGGACCUGCUUCAGCCAAAAGCACAUACGUCAUCCCCCAGGUGAACAAAGAUGAUACUGGAAUCUACGCCUGCAAAGUCCGUGUAAGGGCUCUGAAUGUGGAGAAGUGGAGUAACACAUUACAGCUGAAGGUCUGGUCUCUUAAGUAAACGAAAUAGCCAUGUUCCAGACCUGCAAUGUAUGAAGCAAGUUUCAGAUAUUAUCCAAGUUCUUCACUGUUUUGGAAUACCCUUGCAUAAUUUACUGUUUUCUGCCUUUCUCCCAUCCAUCUGAUCACAAUUUUGACCCUUAAAUGUAUGUUUUAUAUUGGAUUGUCAUGAUGCAAGUUAUAUUUUGAAUCUGAGAAACUUUUAUAGCUUACCAUACUUUAUCAUCUAAACAGAAAGCCUUAAGCAUCAGUUUUUGUGUUUUGAUUUUAAUACGUGUGUAUGAUUGAUUGGCUGAUUUAAAUCUGACAAAGCAAU